UAAAUCUGCAUGUCAUUUCUGCGGCGGAUCGCUACUUGCAGCGUGUUUUGUUUGUCUGCGCGUCAGGGCGAGCGAAACGGACUGACCUGGACACGAACUGAAUUUCUUCUCGGUAUACUUUCCGCUCAUGAGGACUCCGGUGACCGCAGAGGACUCUCGGAGCCGGACCGAACGGGAGCACCGCCGGUGCUGCUGCUGCUAGAUGAGAGUCUGACUCGGCAUUUUCUACCCGGUGACAGAGAGACAAACACAGCGGCGCAUCCCUCCCUUCUCCUGCAGCCCACCCGGCCAUGGCCCUGGUGACUCUGCAGCGGUCUCCCACCCCCAGUGCAGCAACCUCGGCCAACAGCAGCGCGGGGGAGGAUUUCGAAAGUGACGAUGACAGGAAAAAUAAUCAAAGCUUCAGCGAAAGCUUCUUCAUGGUCAAAGGAGCCGCCCUCUUCCUCCAGCAGGGUGGCAGCGCCCAGGGACCGAAGACCCCCACACACCACAAACAUGCAGGUGAUUUACCUCAACACCUGCAGGUUAUGUUUAAAGUCCUUCGUUCUGAAGAUCGCAUCAAGCUGGCUGUGCGGUUAGAAAGCAUCCGGUCGGACCGAGUGCGUUACAUGGUUGUCAUCUACACAAAUGGUCACCAAGGCACAGAGGAAAAUAUUGUUCUGGGAAUGGAUUUUGCAGACAAGAACAGUAAGAACUGCUCCAUUGGGAUGGUCCUGCCUCUGUGGAGCGACACCAACAUACAUUUAGACGGAGAUGGAGGCUUCAGUGUGAACACAGCAGGGCGCUCGCAUGUCUUCAAGCCUGUGUCGGUGCAGGCCAUGUGGUCUGCCCUGCAGGUCCUCCAUAAGGCCUGCGAGGUCUCACGCCACUUCAACUACUUCCCAGGGGGCAUUGCUCUCACAUGGAUGGCGUUCUAUGAGAGCUGCGUCACCUCGGAGCAAAGCUUCAUCAAUGAGUGGAACGCAAUGACUGACCUGGAGACCAUCCGCUCUGAUUCCCCCAACAUGUUUGUGGACCGGCCAACUGAACGAGAACGGACCGAGUGUCUCAUUAAAGGCAAACUUCGCCACAUCAUGAUGUUUCAAGACCUGGAGAACAUCACCUCCAAGGAGAUCCGUAAUGAACUGGAGCAGCACAUGAGCUGUAACCUGAAAGAGUACAAAGAGUUCAUCGACAACGAGAUGUUUCUGAUCCUUGGUCAGAUGGAUAAAGCCACACUGAUCUUUGAUCAUGUUUACUUGGGCUCUGAGUGGAACGCCUCCAACCUUGAAGAACUACGUGACUGCGGAGUCGGUUACAUUCUGAACGUCACCCGAGAGAUCGACAACUUCUUCCCCGGGAUCUUUUCUUACCACAACGUCCGCGUGUACGACGAAGACGCCACGGACCUGCUGGCCCACUGGAAUGACACCUACAACUUUAUCGUCAAAGCCAAGAAGAAUAAUUCAAAGUGCCUGGUGCACUGUAAGAUGGGAGUGAGCCGCUCUGCCUCAACAGUCAUCGCCUAUGCCAUGAAGGAGUACGGCUGGUCCCUGGAGAAGGCGUACAACUACGUUAAGCAGAAGAGGAGCAUAGCUCAGCCAAACGCUGGGUUCAUGAGACAGCUGGCGGAGUACGAGGGAAUCCUGGAUGCCAGUAAACAGCGUCACAACAAGCUAUGGAGGCCUGGCGCUGAUGAGGAGGGAUCCGAUGAUCUGCAGGCUUGUGGUCACUGCACCGGCGGGGAGGAGACGCCGGUGCUCAGGGACGAGGAGGCCUGGGAAGGCUGUGGGGCGUCUCCCUGCAGGGGUCUGGUGAUGGAACCCCUGGACUCUCUGAACUACAACUACUACUUCAGACGUUUGUCAGACUCUGCGCUGGACAGUGAGCCGUCCACCCCGGUGCGGGGGCCUCCGCUCCUGGGCAUGGAGCGGGUUUUCAUCGAGAUCGAAGACGUGGAGAGAGAUGCCCUGCUGGAGGACGAGGGCUUCCCCAUGGCCCACUUAGCCCUGCCCGGAGAGGGCACGGCGGCUCAGACCUGCGGACGCCUCGACCCCAUGGAGGACAUGAGGCUGAGGCUGGAGUUCAGCACUUUGGAAGAGGAGGAUGAGGAGGAGGCCAAGAAAGAGGAGGCGGAGAUGGCGGCCUUGGCUCAGACUCCAGGAGGUUCAGAUGGGAGGAAAGCUGAGGAGGAGGCUGAGAGGACCGAGGAGAGCCAGCUGGGUUUAGCCAACCUGAACACCAACAACAGCAACCGCCUCGCCGCCAAGCGUAGCUGUCCUGCUACUUUUGACGACAGUGCCAGCGCAGGAAACCCUUUAAAAGUGAAGCCUUCCUAUCAGUCCUGCAAAGACUGCCUACGUCUGCCACAGGGGCGGCGCUGCGACCGCCCCGCAGGAGGCCGCUCCCACCGCAUCAACCCCUCCCGCCACUGCUCCGUCCCCUCCAUUUGCAUAGAUCCCCCCGGGACGCAUUUCCCCUCGGCCCCGAUGUUCCACUCCCUGUUGACACCCGCGGUCCUCCAGCCUAACCCGGUGCAGCCCUGCGCCACCUGCACCCUCGGCGAGGCGUCGGCUCCUCUGAGCGACCACCAAAAACUUUUCUCGCCCAUGAGCUGCGAGGAGGAGACGCCUCCCGACGGCGGCUCGGCGCCGGCGGAGGACAUGGACGAGCAGCAGGAGGUAAUAUCAAGUACUGAGGCCGACGGGUUGAGGUUCGGUGGUGCAGGCGAGCUGCGAAUGCCCGGACUGGGAAUCAAAUUCGGCGUUGAGCUGAAGCUGCCGAGCCUGGCCAUGGAGAGCCAGCUUCCAGUCGGGCCUCUGCCUUAAACCAGGACCUCUCGCGUGGACUCGAUGGAGUUAACACUGCCUCAACGACUACGACGGCUGCAGAACAUUUGAUGACCCCUGCUGUGAUGACCUCUACUGUAACGCCCUUUUCUUCAUAGCUUCAUCCGAGUCUCCAGUUUUCCCCGUACAUCUGCAGGGAGGCGCUCGGCAUCAAAGAUCCAGAUGAGGCUGGUCCUUGUCGCCCGUUGAUAAAGACCUGGACGGUUCUGGCCAACAUGUUCUUCACCUGCCUCUUAAAUCUAAAAUAUCUGGGCUCUUUAAGCCUUGCUGCCCCAGCACACAUGCAGGUUCACUCCAUCCCAGCGGCGCCGCUGCCGUCUUCCCUUCAGCAGACAGGUUUUUGUUGGAUCUAGUUCUCGUUCCAGACUGUGCUACACUCAUUUUAAACCCAUCUGAAGUAACUGUAUGCUGCAUGUUUUCAGUACAACUCGGCAACAGUGCUCAUUAAGGCAAAUAUUUACAGCUAGGCUCAUUAGCACAUCUAAAACAUGUUUCAUUUUCGUUAGCAGCAGCUUUUGCAUCAUUACAGGGAAAGCAUCGUUUUACGUGACCAGCUCUUCUCUGUUAGGAGUCCUGCUUCAGUCUUCAAGCAUUUUCUGCUGUUUUGGUCAAAGCUGAUUCUGUCCUCUGUUCCCCGAGUCCAGUUCACUCUGAUCUCCUCCAUUAGAGUUAAUUCAAUUUUGUACUUGCAGUGCUCAGUUUAGCCCAUGAAUGAGUGCUGCAGGGUCACACUGAACACAUGCUUAACAAAUGUCAGUCAUUUUUAAUUUGAAGUUGUUUUUUGUUUGUUUUUUUGUCUUUCAAAUAAGAAAGAAAAAAGAAGAGUCAGAUUCCAGAAACUAAAACAGAUGCAGUGCUACUGAUCAAAAUGUAAAAAACUUCAUUUUAUCGUCUUUUAACUUAUACAAUUAGACACUUGGAGUGAAUUUUUCUCACAUGUCUAAAAGAACACUAGAAGAGAAAACCAUUACAGAAGUCAAACCUUAAACCAAAACUGGAUUUUCUUCAUGUUUUUGAUCUCUUUUCCAGUUGCAGUUCUCCCCCUCAGAGGCCUUUCAGAUAAACAGUUCAGCCGUUUGAACUUCUUGACGUAAAUGUAAUUUAUUGUUCAGUGAGCUAAAUUAAAAUUUAAGUAAACGUAAUUUGUAACAUUCCUAACUUCUUUCAGGAGAUUCCCUUCAUAUUAAAAUACAAUAAAAAUCCACCUUUUAUCCAACAGCUGAAGCGUUUAGGAUGCAGGUUUUGGCUUCCAGACGAUCACUUUGUUUUCAUCUUCUCCCUUCAUUGGACUCUUUACUCAUUUUGUGGCUCCACAGUGGGUUUUUAUCUGGUAAUUUAUGAUGCGCUCUUAUUGUUUAAGGCACGCUGGGUGUGCUGCUGCUGACUGUGUGCAGGAGAAACGUGUGGGAAUUGAACUGUGUUCCGAGCACUUCAGGUUAAAAAGAAAACUGUGGAAAGAACGAAUGACAAUUAUUUCCCUGUAUAAGAGGUUAUUUUUCUUUAAUUAUUAUUUUUCAUUAGAGUAGCAGAGCACCACAAAUCAUCCUGUGUUCCUUUUCCUCCUUAAACUCAAUCUGAUGGAGCUAAAAAAAAAAUUUUUUAUAUAUUUAGUUUUGUUUGGGUUUAUUUUUCUUGCCAUGUUCAGGGAGUUACUGUUGUCACUGAUGUCAGCAUUAUUUGACAAAAAGAAAAGCUGCAACUAAGUGUUACCAUAUUUUGGGAAUAAAUAUUCAGUCUUUACAGAACUUUGGUUUUAAAAAAUUCUAUCACUUUAGUUUGGUUGGGUCGCAAACACUGAUCACUAAUUACACACAGCGACAUCUCAUGGUUGAGUUGCGAAUUUUAACCAAAUUCCUUCCUUUUUAAUUGUGGGGGAAAAAAGGCAGCUGUAGAAAAUGUGAGAAAUUGCAGUCAGUGUUAUAUUUUUCUGUCUGGGCUAUUGUGUGAAAGUUUCCUCAGCAUAUUAGAAACAUGAACUUGUCUUCACUACAUUUAACAGUAAACACUGGAGUCUGUUUAAUCAGCAGCUGCUUUUGGUGUCAUUUUAAAAUGACACGAAUGGUUCAUAACUUACAAGAAAUUUAAGUAAAAAGGCUGAAUAAUGUAAAAUGUUCAAAUUUUGUUUGUUUGCUCUUAUUUAUUGUAUUUUUUCUGCAGGUAUGUGUUCAUGUAAACUUGAGAAACUUAAGAUUUUUAAACAAAAUAAAGUCACAAUAAAACUGCUUAAAGAAAGUCAGGUGGCACAAAUA